CCUGAUGCCGUGUACUCCGUAAGUCUAACGAAUCAUGCUAUCCGGUGCACCGAGUAACUGCGGGUCGAUCGUCAGCCCUUCCCGGUUUCUCGUUGACAGCCUUGAGAUGGUGCUGCAUCCGAAGUUGCACAGCCGGGGGCAGUUACUAGUCUUUGUCGAUUGCUUAAUAUAUUCAUUCAUUGAAUACGUCCCAUAGAGACAGAAUUCGGUGCCUGGAGUAAGGAACGGGAAGGUUUGAAGUGGCUCCAGAUGGAAAACUUGAUUACGACAUGAUGCUUAAUUUGCGUCGUGGAGAAGCAAAGUAAGGAUCAUCUUUCCUGGCGUAACUUGGUUUGCAGUACAUGUGGCAUCUCAAAAUGCCCAGCAUCCUCGAAAUUGAGUCCAGCCAUGGUGACGGGGUUCCGCUCAUCGACCUUCAUUAAGAACAGCGGGGUCACUAUAUUUCGGCACCUUUCCUGCGAAGAGGUCAACCAACGUCGUUGCGAGUUCUCGGAGGUUUCUUCAUUGGGCAGCGUGUGAGGGUGGCGAGUUGGUUCACUGCAAGUGUUGAUCCAAAUUAUCUUGGCUUCGGUUGCGAAGAGGCUCUGGCCUCAACAGCAGCCAUGACGAGUUCCUCGGCGCCGUUGCGGUUCCUCCGACGACUGCCGCGCCCUAUCUCUUCGCCAUUGAGAGUUGGAUCGGUGCAGUUCUCGUCUCUCUCCGAGAACGAGUUGUCCGCUGUCGCUGCCAGUGUAGAGAAGGGGAGCAAGAAAACCGGUCCGCCCGGGAAGAAGACUAUUGCGGAGAGGAUUCUGACCGUCUGCGACAAGAUCUAUGAAAGACAUCAACCACCAGCGCUCCGCCGCGGGGCUCUAAUCAACACUUCGGACCCAGCUCGUGUGGACAUAGACAUCAUGAAUGUUGCAGAACAGAGAAUCAUGCAGUCUGUGCUUAGAGGUGGAUUUGAGAAUCUUCCGGGAAAAGGAAAGCCGCUGAAACUUGAAAACAAUCUGCACGCAGAUCCUGCUGAAGACUUGGCCUACAGAAUUCUGGCAAAGAAUGGCUUCGCUCCCGAGUGGGUGGAGCUCAACAAGGAAAUCAGAUACAAAGUUAGGAGAUGGCGCAUGGCGCUGGAACUAGCUUGGCAGAGAAGGUCGCAAGCUAUCUCUGGUGGAGAAGCCCAGCCUGACGGUUUGAAUUGGGAGUCCCUUCUUCCAGGCUUUGAGAAUGAGCUGAAAGAGAUCAAUCAAAAGGUGAUGAGAUACAACUUACUAGUUCCUUUCGGACGGCAGCUUAAUGGCUACAAACUCGAAAGAGAAAUCAAAAUGUUGCGGGAAGCAGAGCCAAAUGAGAGUCCUACACCGUAACUCAGUUUAUAAAAGACCUCAAGUCUUAUAACUCAAUUAAAGAGUAUGCACGAUCAUUAGAAUUUUCACAAGACUCUCUUGAUUUUAUUCCCGGAAAGCGGGACACAAUUGUUACCAACUCGAACUGCAAGUCAGUACAUUGUAUGUAGCACCUCUUCGGAACUCGAGAUCGGGAUGUUGUUUUCAUUCCAGUCUACAUUUAGAUUGAGCGAGGUGUGUUACUUUUUCUGACAUCUGCGUAGAUGCUUACCCUGCUUCCGGGGAGUUGUGGGGGCGAACUACUUUCAGACGUAUGUGGCCUCAACUUCAGAAAAUCCUUCACAUACUUGGAGAGUUGUACGUUACAACGUAUGUUCAAGUAGAUACCAUGUGUUAUCAAAACUCUUUACGAGGUAGAGCGACGAUGUUAAUUAUACUUAUAUUAAAUAUGUCAAUCUUUAUCUCAAGUUUCACAAUCUUCCUCGAUCUUUCAUGGUCCUCAUAAGGUCCCAUGUUUCUCGAUCAAAUAUCCUUCCUUUCUGAGCUGUUAACUGC